AUGCUCAACAAGCCACCAAUGCAGGGAGGCGGAGGAAAGCGACAUGUCGUUCUCGCUCUCCUAGUUUCAGCCCUACUCAGCAAUGUCAGUUCGACUCCAUCGCAUUAUCGCAUCGCCUCGUGGCCUCGGGCUGUUCAGAGCCGAUGGGCCAUGAUGCGGGACGAGCGCGUGUCCCGUGGUCACUUGACGGCACCCACGACGGACGCAAGAACCCAUGGCCACGACGGCCUCUCCUGCGGGAUCCCGGACGAGAGCCAGCGCAUGUGGUUCACCCAGGGAGGUUGCAGCAUUGCAAGCCAAGACCUGACCUACGUUGACACGAGCGGCGAAGUGCCCGUUGUCCGCACGGCCGCCGAGGGCCAUCUCGUCAAAUUAACCUGCGAGGAUGUAUUCUGCCCCAUCCCCCCUCGACUAGACUGCUACGAACAGCCCGGCAUCUGCUCAGCAAACGAGUGGUGCAUGAUCGAUAUCCACGAGAGAUGGGGCCCGUGGGCAAUGAACCGCGACGGGUCAACGCCUCAAUGGGAGUACUGCUACAAGGCCGCUGAUUUCGUCGGCAACUCCUCUGACCAGGCCCUGAUUGACAGCUACUAUUCUGAGUGCAUCGCCAGCACCAUAGGCGACUAUGGAAUCAAACUGGGACCCAAGAUCGAGGCCUGGAAGCCCAUCAGGGGCAAGUGCGUCAAGUUUCGGCAGGCGGAGCAGAGUUGCAUCGGCAAUCCGCUCGAGUUUGGCGCGUACGAGCGCGAAUUCGGCUUGAAUUACAAGCGGGAACAAGACGGCGCGCCGUUCCCUCGCCCGCUCGUCUGCGGCCCCGGACUCACCUGCACCGGGCCCGACUUUGACGUACGGCCAUCGACGUGCGUCCACCAACGGCCCCAGGAUAUAUGCUUUGCCGGCCCGUGGUGGGAUUCCACGCAGUGUCCGAGAACGGAGCCCGAGGCGCCAAAGGGCGGUCUGACUCGGGAGCAGACGGUGGAAACGCUCCGGCGCGCCGUGCUCUUGUAUCCGGGUGAGAUUGCAACCGCCGCCGACUGCGCGUACUGGAACCGCUCCAGCGACCUGGGCAUCAGCGUCCUCGCAACGCAGCAUAGGUUCUAUAAUAUCGCCGCGGCGUUGUGGCCGACCGAUCUAUUUGGGGAGAUUCCCAGUUUCGACGAGCUCAUGGCGCUGAUUCCGGAUCCGAACCUGUUUGGAAGUCCGGCAGACUGCGUCGCCCAAGCUGAUGUUCCUGGCUCGGAAAUCAACGAGGCUCUCGCUGAGGGGGGCACGCUGUCCAACCAGCCAAACCAGGUGUGGUCUCUUGUGCACUUUCUCAUGCACAAUCAGCCCAUUGUCCUCAGUUCCAAGAAGAUAGCCGCAUCGCGAGCCAUGGCCGCGCACCUCUCGGAAAGCUUCUGGUGUGACGACUGUCGGGGUUUCUUCUCAGUCGGCAUCAUCGAAAGGUACGGACUUCCACCCGAGAGUUCGAAUCCGGAUGACCAGGCGCAUUGGUGGUGGUGGGGGCACAAUGUCGCCUCGGAGCAUGUCGCCUCGACCCGCGGCGGCCACCCUUGGAUCCAUGAGCUGGGAGAUGAGGGGGUUGCUUACUUCCAGAAUCCCUACUUUAUGACGUGGGAGGAUGCUGUAGCGGAGUGGACUUAUAGCAUUUAG